GGGAAAGUCGGGGUGUGUGUGGUCCGUUCAUACCAUUCUUCUUGCAGGGGAACAGGAUAGAAGAUGGUGUGCUAAAUCCCCUGGGCUCUGACCUUCUCUCCUACCAUGAGGUGGGGCCGCCAUUUGCCCAGGGCCUCUUGGGGCCCUGGUCUGGGUAGAGCAUUCCAGGCAGCAGAUGAACGUUUCUCCUUCCUGAUCCACUGGAGUUGGCCCCUUAAAAGGGAGCGUCCCCUUGAGCCCCCUAGGGUCUUUAUACGCCAUCACGGAAGCUCAGCGGACAGUGGUCCCCCAUCAGGGAGGCAUGGACAGUUGUUCCGGGGUGCCUCUGCAGCUGAAGCUAUCCAGCAGCACCGCCAGAACCUGGCUGAGUGGUUCAGCCGGCUGCCCAGGGAAGAGCGCCAGUUCGGCCCGACCUUCGCACUAGACACAGUCCAUGUAGACCCUGUGAUCCGUGAGAGCACCCCUGAUGAGCUGCUUCGCCCACCAGCGGAGCUGGCCCUGGAGCAUCAGCCGCCUCCAGCCAGGCUACCCCCACUGGCCCUGUCUCAGCUCUUUGACCCAGACGCCUGUGGGCACCGCGUGCAGACAGUGGUGCUGUAUGGGACAGUGGGCACAGGCAAGAGCACACUGGUGCGCAAGAUGGUCCUGGACUGGUGUUACAGGCGGCUGCCAGCCUUCGAGCUGCUCAUCCCCUUCUCCUGUGAGGACCUGUCAUCCCUGGGCCCCGCCCCGGCCUCCUUGUGCCAUCUUGUGGCCCAGCGCUACACGCCCCUGAAGGAGAUUCUGCCUCUCAUGGCCACCGCCGGGUCCCGCCUGCUCUUUGUGCUCCAUGGCUUGGAGCAUCUCAACCUCGACUUCCAGUUGGCGGGCACAGGGCUUUGCAGUGAUCCUGAGGAGCCAAAGGCGCCAGCUGCCAUCAUCGUCAACCUACUGCGCAAAUACAUGCUGCCCGAGGCCAGCAUUCUGGUCACCACCCGGCCCUCUGCUAUUGGCCGCAUCCCCAGCAAGUAUGUGGGCCGCUAUGGCGAGAUCUGUGGCUUCUCUGAUACCAACCUGCAGAAGCUCUACUUCCAGCUCCGCCUCAACCAGCCAGACUGUGGGCACGGUGCUGGGGAUGUGGGUGUCUCCACCACGCCGGCUCAGCGUGACAACCUGGUGCAGAUGCUCUCCCGGAACCUGGAGGGGCACCACCAGAUUGCCGCUGCUUGCUUCCUGCCCUCCUAUUGCUGGCUUGUCUGUGCCACCUUGCACUUCCUGCACGCCCCCACGCCUGCUGGACAGACCCUCACGAGCAUCUACACCAGCUUCCUGCGUCUGAACUUCAGUGGGGAGAUGCUGGACAGCACUAACUCCUCCAAGUUGUCUCUGAUGGCCUAUGCAGCCCGAACCAUGGGCAAGUUGGCCUAUGAGGGCGUGUCCUCCCGCAAGACUUACUUUUCUGAGGAGGACGUCUGUGGCUGCCUGGAAGCUGGCAUCAAGACAGAAGAGGAGUUUCAGCUGCUGCAUGUCUUCCGCCGGGAUGCCCUGAGGUUUUUUCUGGCCCCGUGUAUUGAGCCAGGGCACCUGGGCACCUUCGUGUUCACUGUGCCCGCCAUGCAGGAAUACCUGGCUGCCCUCUACAUUGUGCUGGGUUUGCGUAAGACGGCUCUGCAGCGGGUGGGCAAGGAAGUGACCGAGCUCAUGGGCCGUGUGGGGGAGGACGUCAGCUUGGUGCUGGGCAUCAUGGCCAAGCUGCUGCCCCUGCGGGCCCUGCCUCUGCUUUUCAACCUGCUCAAGGUGGUUCCUCGAGUGUUUGGGAGAGUGGUGGGUAAGAGCCGAGAGGCGGUGGCCCAGGCCAUGGUGCUGGAGAUGUUCCGAGAGGAAGACUACUACAAUGACGACGUUCUAGACCAGAUGGGAGCCAGUAUCCUGGGCGUGGAGGGUCCCCGGCGCCACCCAGACGAGCCUCCCGAGGAUGAGGUCUUUGAGCUUUUCCCCAUGUUCAUGGGAGGGCUUCUCUCGGCCCACAACAGGGCUGUGCUGGCUCAGCUCGGCUGCCCCAUCAAGAACCUGGAUGCCAUGGAGAAUGCCCAGGCCAUCAAGAAGAAGCUGGGCAAGCUGGGCCGGCAGGUGCUGCCCCCCUCGGAGCUCCUUGACCACCUCUUCUUCCACUAUGAGUUCCAGAAUCAGCGCUUCUCCGCUGAGGUGCUCAGCUCUCUGCGCCAGCUCAACCUGGCGGGUGUGCGCAUGACACCCGUCAAGUGCACAGUGGUGGCAGCUGUACUGGGCAGUGGAAGGCAUGCCCUGGAUGAGGUGAACUUGGCCUCCUGCCAGCUGGACCCUGCUGGGCUGCGCACACUCAUGCCUGUCCUCCUGCGCGCCCGGAAGCUAGGCUUGCAGCUCAACAGCCUGGGCCCCGAGGCCUGCAGGGACCUCCGAGACCUGCUGCUGCAUGACAAAUGCCAAAUUACCACCUUGCGGCUGUCCAACAACCCACUGACGGCAGCGGGUGUCGCCUUUCUGGUAGAGGGGCUGGCAGGAAACACCUCACUGACACACCUGUCCCUGCUGCACACUGGCCUUGGGGACAAGGGCCUGGAGCUGCUGGCUGCCCAGCUGGACCGUAACCAACAGCUAAAGGAGCUGAAUGUGGCCUACAAUGGCGCUGGUGACACCGCGGCCCUGGCCCUGGCCAAGGCUGCCCGGGAGCACCCUUCCCUGGAGCUGCUGCACCUCUACUUCAAUGAGCUGAGCUCAGAGGGCCGCCAGGUCCUGCGGGACUUGGGAGGCAACAGUGAAGGUGGUGCCCGGGUCGUGGUGUCACUGACAGAGGGGACAGCAGUGUCUGAGUACUGGUCAGUGAUCCUUGGUGAAGUCCAGCGGAACCUCAACAGCUGGGAUCGGAGCCGGGUCCGGCGCCACCUUGAGCUACUGCUGCGAGAUCUGGACGAUAACCGAGGAGCCACCCUUAAUCCUUGGCGCAAGGCCCAGCUGCUUCGAGUGGAAGGCGAAGUCAGGGCCCUCCUGGAGCAGCUGGGAGGCUCUGGAAGCUGAGACAGUGGCAGCAGGCACCUAGCUGUGUGACCCCUAGCCCUAAGCCCCUUCCCUCUGUCGCCUCCUGGCUUGCACUACUACUUCUAGAAAGAUCCCUACACGGGUGGAGGCAAAGGAAUGGGCACAACUAUACCACUAUGCCAGUUGCCCUCCUGGGGCAUGUCCAACCAGUGCUCCUAAGUCUGGAAUUUCCAAGGUCAUGGAACAUGCCUCCUCUCCUUUCAGCUGAGAGGACCAAAUGAUGUGGCAUUUUGGUGGCCAAAUUGCCCUGUAGCACCACCACCAAGCUUGCCUCUGUCUCUCAAGGAACCUCUGAUUGUGCCACCAGGAGGCGCACUUCUUGUGUCUGCCUUGACAGAAGUGCUGCCAGAUGUGCUGGAGGGCCUUCACCUCCUGCCAUUACGCUUUCUGUGGACACCGAGAAUGUCCACAGCCACUUUCCUCAUUGGUGCUUUCUCUUCCCCCUCACGCCCCCUUGACCACAAUGGUACCUAUGCUCGGUGGCCCCUGGGGGCACGUGCACUGACUUGCUGCUAUUAAAAAGCUAUGUGUCUUCCACCUA